ACCGAUUGGACCCCACCCCCACCCAGAGCCUGGGAUGGAACCCAGGAGUCCUGACACCCAGCCCUUCGCUCUAUCCACUAGACCCCACUCCCCUUCCAUCCCCACUGGGAAGUUUGGUCCCCAUGGCAGCAGGAUCAGCCCCAGGGGCUGGCUGGUUGUAAAGGGGAAGUGUCACUCUGCAGCCAAGCUAAACGGUGCUGCGAGAGCUUUGCUGGGGACGAAAGGCCGGCAAGGGAGUCAAUACCGGGCCGGACAGCGGCUGUUGUGGCCUGGUUAAAUGCUCCCAGUGCAACCACAUGUCCUUUAACCCAGACGAAUGCCAGUCAAGGCCAUGAAGGGCACCGGGCUGGUGGUGGGGCUGGGCCUCCUGCUGGCGGUGGGGCAGGGAGAGAAGGCGCUGGAGGCAGGCUCCUGCCGGCCCCGCGCCUCCUGCCGCGACUGCAUCCGCUCCCAGCCCAGCUGCGCCUGGUGCAAAGCGCUGAACUUCACCAAGGUGGGCGAGUCGGACGCCACGCGCUGCGCCAUGCGGGAGGAGCUGCUCCAGCGUGGCUGUGCCCUGGAGGAGGUGGUUGAGCCCCGGGGCCGGCACCAAGUCCUGGAGGACAUGCCCCUGAGCGACAGCGCCGAGCAGGAGACGGUGACCCAGCUGGCACCCCAAAAGAUCGCCCUGUGGCUCCGACCCGGAGAGCAGCACAGCUUCUCGGUGCGAUUCAAGCGAGCCGAGGGCUACCCCGUGGACGUUUACUACCUCAUGGACCUGUCCUACUCCAUGAAGGACGACCUGGAGAACAUCAAGAGGCUCGGCAAUGACCUGCUGGCUGCACUCAGGAACAUCACCAAGUCAGUGAAGAUCGGCUUCGGCUCCUUCGUGGACAAGACGGUCCUGCCCUACGUCAGCACGGUGCCCGCCAAGCUGCGGAACCCCUGUCCCGACCGCUACGAGCAGUGUGACUCGCCCGUCAGCUUUCGCCACGUGCUGCCGCUCACCGACAACGCCAGCGAGUUCGAGAGCCGCGUGAGCCAGCAGCGCAUCUCAGGCAACCUGGACUCGCCCGAGGGCGGCUUCGACGCUAUCAUGCAGGCGGCCGUGUGUGAGGAGCAGAUUGGCUGGCGGAACGUGACACGCCUGCUGGUCUUCACGUCAGAUGACGUCUUCCACACAGCAGGGGAUGGCAAGCUGGGUGGCAUCUACCUCCCGAAUGACAACCAGUGCCACCUCGACACGGACGGCCUCUACAGCAAGAGCCACAUCUACGAUUACCCCUCGGUCGGGCACUUGGCCCAGGUGCUCUCAGCCUCUAACAUCCAGCCCAUCUUCGCUGUCACUGGCUCCACGCUGCCUGUGUACCAGGAGCUGAGCAGGCUGAUCCCCAAGUCAGUGGUGGGGGAGCUGAAGGAGGACUCCAGCAACGUGGUGCAGCUGAUCUCUGAUGCCUACAAUAGCCUGUCAUCCACGGUGAACCUGGAGCACUUCCAGCUCCCGCCUGGCGUGAGCGUGGCCUACGAGUCGCACUGCGAGGACGCCACCCGCUCCCUCGGGGGCCACAGUGGGGUCUGCUCCGGCGUCCGCAUCAACCAGCUGGUGAGUUUCACGGUGACGGUGCAGGCCGACACCUGCCUGGAGGGUCCGCAUAGCUUUGCACUGCGGGUGCUGGGCUUCACCGAGGAGGUGCGUGUGGAGCUGCAGACGCUGUGCGAGUGCCCCUGCGACAAGCCGGAGCCCCACGCCACCCACUGCAGCGGGGGCCAUGGUACCCUCACCUGCGGGGUCUGCAGCUGCAGCCCCGGCCGCGUGGGCAAGCUGUGUGAGUGUGAGCUGGCGGAGGCCACGGACCUGGAGGCGGGGUGCCGGGGCGGGAACGGCACGGGCCCCAUGUGUAGCGGGAAGGGGCAGUGCGUGUGCGGGCAGUGCCAGUGCAACAGCAACGUGCGAGGGCAGCACUGCGAGUGUGACGACGCCAGCUGUGAGCGGCACAACGGGCAGCUCUGCGCAGGCCAGGGUCGGUGCCAGUGUGGGAGUUGCUUCUGCAAUGAGGGCUACACAGGCAGUGCCUGCGACUGCAGCCUGGACACCCGCGCGUGCCUGCAGGACGGUGUGGAGUGCAGCGGGCACGGGAGCUGCAUCUGCAACAAAUGCCAGUGCCAGCCGGGCUACUUCGACCGGCUCUGCAGCCGGUGCCCGAGCUGCCAGACCCCCUGCGAGGAGCAUCGGGACUGCGCCGACUGCCAGGCCUUCAGGAUGGGCCCGCUGAGCCAGAACUGCAGCGUCGCCUGCAACCACACCGUGGCCACGCUGGUGCCCGAGGCCACUGUGAACGAGCAGUGGUGCAAGGAGAAGACGGACGAUGGGCGGAUCCUGAUCUUCCUGAUUGAGGGCACGGAGGGGGACAAAGUUCCCCUGAAGGUGAAAGACAAGGACGCCGUCACUGACCGGACCUCCAUGUUUGUGCUGGGCGUGGUCCUGGGCAUCGUACUCAUCGGGCUGCUGAUCAUCGUCGGCUACCGCAUCUCGGUGGAGAUCCUGGACCGGCGGGAGUACAUGCGCUUCGAGAAGGAGCGGGAGCGGGCCAAGGGGAAUGAGGUCAACAACCCGCUCUUCCAGAGUGCCACCACCACCGUCAUCAACCCCAGGUACAACGAGGACUGAAGCACCAGUGAUGGCCGCACCGGUGCCAGUCCAGCUACCAGCGGCAUGAGCCCCCAGAUGCUACGCUCUCUAUGGCAGCCCCCGCCCCCCCGAUCUUGACUGGAAGAGAAGGUGCAGGCAGAGGGCCCGCUGCUCGGCAGAAUCUCACACUGCUACCUGCUGCCAAACAGGCCCAUGGGGACGUGCCUGCUUGUGCUGCCACUUGUUACUAGAGGAGCAGGAUGCAGCCCUGGCUCUGUCCUGGGGCCCUUCCCAGCCCAAGGCCUCCCUGCUUAAGUAGGCUCACCCUGUCCCCCCCUUCUCCUGGCAGGCCCUGCCCAGAGCCUGCUGCUUCUGUGCCUCCCCCAGUGUGUCCGUCAGCAACGCCCCGCGCCAGGAGAGCACAACCUGCUGCCCACACCCAGCAGAAGAACUCUGGGCUAGCAGGAAGGGCCGGGCUACAGAGCACCGAAGCCCUGCUUUUGGGGGCUUUGCUCCAGGCCACAAGGGGAGCACUGUAGGGCUGAGCAGAUCUAGGGGAAACUCAUGGCUACCCAUGGGGGCGGGGAGGUAAUUGGAGCAGGGCCCUGCAGCCAGGGGCGGCUGUGUAUUUUGCCACCCCAAGCACAGCAGUCAGGCGGCUUUUGGCAGUGUGCCUGCAGGAGAUCCGCCGGUCCUGCGCCUUCAGCUUACCUGCCGCCGAAUUACUGCCGGGACCAGCGGACCUCCCACAGAAACGCCGCCGAAGGCAGCCUGACUGCCACCCUUACGGGAACCGGCAGGCCGCCCCCCGGGGCACAGUUGGUGCACUGGUGCCUGGAGCUGCCCCUGCCUUCAGCACCAGAAGAGAAGCAGCAGGCGUAGUCCCUCCUGCCAGCUGGGAUCAGAAGCACAAAGCCAGUGAAACCCCACUGUGAACCAUGCUGGGAGCCUCUCUAUCUCCUCCAGCACCCUCGAGGCUCUCAAUUCCCCCACCCCCCGCCAAGGCACUGCCUCCCGACGUUGCUGGGUGAAUACAGCGAGGAAUAAAGGGCUGAGGCAGCAGCCAGCUCAGCUCUUGCUGAUGUUUUAUUGUGUGCUGCCACUGAUGCAUCGUUUCCUCGGAGAUCCAGGAAGGUACAAUGAAGGGAGCAAAAUACAGACAGGCUGGGGGAAAUUCGCCGGGAUGCAUUUGGCCCAGGUGUAAAGCAGGUUGAGCCUCUCUCUCUCCCCCCUAAACCAUUAACCAAAACCAGUGUUUUCACACACUAAAACAGUCCGAGCAAAGUGUGGGCAGGAGGAAUACUUGCUCCCUUCCUCCCUAAU